AUGGAUUCUAACAAUGGCCAUGCCCAAACUGUCACACCUGAGACAGAAACCCCGCUUUUCAGGCCAGCCUCGACUCGCCGGACUCCAUCCUUUUCUUCAUCCUCACUGUCACAUGAUUCAUGGGAUUCAUCCUUUGGUUCAUCAAUCUCUUUAAAUGAAAAAUUUUCAUCACUUAGUCCUAAUAGCACCCCCCUAAAAUUCUCCGGUGGAGUUCCAUUCUCUUGGGAGCAACUCCCUGGAAUUCCCAAACAACUAAGUGCCAAGAAAAAGGGUAGUGUCGCCACCAGUCUCCUCCCAUUGCCGCCGGCUGGAAAUUCAAAUCACUCCAAGAAACAAAUUCCAGAAGGGAUUUCUCCAAAGAAGUACAUUGGAAGUGACAGUUUUAGAGAGGACCCCUUUUUUGCUGCAUUAGUCGAGUGUUCCAAAGAUGAUCAUAGUCGUCAUCAAAGGGUUGGGAUUAAUCUUUGGAAAGGAUCAAAGAUUUCAAGAACGUUAAGCGAUAGAUUUGGAUUCAUUAACAUGUACACUUCUUGCAAAAGCAAUAGUGCAGUUUCAGAAUCUAUCGUUUAUCUCCCAAGACCACAUUAUCAUCUCAAUCGUCGUCCCAGCAAGUUGAAAUGA